AUAUAACAUUUACAUUUAGGGUUUCGCUUCCCCUUUUACUCUCUCAGCAAGCCACCCGUCUCGUCCUUCAUUUUUCUUUUCUUUUCUCAUUCUACACGCACGGCAACGGCACCAGCCCUUUCUCUCUCCCAUUCUUCUCUCUCUCAUUCUAGCAAACCAGCAGCCCGUUCCAGCUCCGCCGACCGCCGCACCUGUCACCGUCAUCCCAUUCCGUCGUCCGUCGCAGCCCGCAGCGCCAGUCCUUUACGUCGACCGCCGCAGCCCGCCACGUUGCAGUCUUCCUCGUCUCUCCACCAAAUCCAGCCACACGAGAUAUGAGAGGAUUACAGAUUUCUUUGAAUCAAACUCAGAAAAUUCGGCUCCAGAGUGCCUUAGAAUCACUUGAGUCGAUCUCUUUGAAGGCCAAUUCUGAUGCUUCUGUUAUAGUUGCUGAUACUAUCCCUGUCAAUUAUGAGGAUGGCAUCCUCAAGGGACACGGGACUUUUGACCUGCAUGGUGAAGUGGUUGCCACUGUUUGUGGAGUGGUUGAGCGAGUCAAUAAGCUCAUCUAUGUACGUGCAUUACGUGCCAGAUAUAAACCAGAGGUUGGUGAUAUUGUGGUAGGGCGUGUUAUGGAGGUUGCUCCAAAACGUUGGAGAUUGGAUAUAAAUUAUAGUCAAGCUGCAGUUUUGAUGCUUUCUUCAAUGAACUUGCCUGAUGGUAUUCAGAGGCGGCGAACUGCAGUAGAUGAACUCAACAUGCGGAGUAUUUUUGAAGAAAAUGAUGUUAUUUGUGCAGAAGUUCGUGGUUUUCAGCAUGAUGGUCUACACCUUCAAGCAAGAAGCCAGAAAUAUGGAAAGCUUGAGAGAGGCCAGCUGCUCACAGUAUCACCAUAUCUAGUGAAGAGACGCAAGCAACACUUCCAUCAUUUAGAGCAGUACGGAAUUGACUUAAUACUUGGAUGCAAUGGGUUUAUCUGGAUUGGGGAGCAUGUUGAUCCCGCCGAGGAUAUGAUGAUAGAAGAUCAAGUUAAUAAAUUUGAACAAAAGGGUCCAAAGUCAGAAGGAAAUUUUGGUAACCUUGAAGAGCAGGAAAGAGUAUAUACCCCAUUAGAGACACGGCGGAAUAUAUGCAGGGCUGCAAAUGCCGUUCGGGUACUGUCUACCUUAGGUUUCAUAGUUACAGUAGAAGUUAUUAUGGAGACAGUUAAUUUAAGUCUUUCUCUGAACAUCGAUGUGCAUGAAAUGCUUGGUUCAGAGUUCUGCGUUCUCGUUGCAGAAAAUGAGGUUGAACGGAGGACCUCAAGUAAGAAGAGGGGAUGAUUUGGUUCUUAGAAUUGUGAGUAAAUUUGAGUGUCUACUCUUCAUGAAAAAUAUUGCUACGAAAAAUUUAGUUUGCAGAGAAAUUGGUUUAGAGGUAUUAUUGCUCACUAUUAAGCUAUGUGGUUUAUAGAAUUUUAGAUUACCACCAUGUCAAUGUCUGUUGGUGUUAACGUUAUAGAAAAUGCAAUAUUUGCCCCAAUUUUUCUCAGUACGCGGUUCCAUAAAUACAGAAGAAUUACUUUUAGGAUUU